GCGGAGCCCCGGUGUCGCGGCGGAGCCCAGCGUGUCCACUCCUGGCCGAAACACCGAAGCGGAGUGAAGAAAACUAAAAUCCAGUUUAUUGGAUUUCAGUACUAUGUCCUAGAAGACAGAUAAUUUUCCACUUGUUCAAGAUGGAAAACUCGGAUUCUAACGAUAAAGGAAAUGACCAGUCUGCGGCUCAGCGCAGAAGUCAGAUGGAUCGAUUGGAUCGGGAAGAAGCUUUCUAUCAAUUUGUAAAUAAUCUCAGUGAAGAAGAUUAUAGACUUAUGAGGGACAACAAUUUGCUAGGCACCCCUGGCGAAAGUACUGAGGAAGAGUUGCUCAGAAGACUACAACAAAUUAAAGAGGGUCCACCACCACAGAGCUCUGAUGAAAAUAGAGCUGGAGAGUCUUCAGAUGAUGUGUCCAACAGUGAUUCUAUAAUAGAUUGGCUUAACUCAGUCAGACAAACUGGAAAUACAACAAGAAGUGGUCAGAGAGGAAACCAAUCCUGGAGAGCAGUGAGCCGGACUAAUCCAAACAGUGGUGAUUUUAGAUUCAGUUUAGAAAUAAAUGUUAACCGUAAUAAUGGAAACCAAACUCCGGAGAAUGAGAACGAACCAUCCACUAGGCGUCUUAGUGUAGAAAACAUGGAAAGCAGCAGCCAAAGGCAAAUGGAAAAUUCUGCAUCUGAAUCAACAUCUGCCAGACCAUCUAGAGCAGAACGCAAUUCAACUGAAGCAUUAACAGAAGUGCCAUCCACCAGAGGUCAGAGGAGGGCAAGAAGCCGGAGCCCAGAACAUCGGAGAACCAGAGCAAGAGCUGAAAGAAGUAGGUCACCUCUGCAUCCAACAAAUGAAAUUUCACGAAGAGCUCAUAGUGUCUCACCUCAGGCCUUGGAGCAACCUGCGGAAAGUGAGCCUGAAGGAAGCUCUAGAACCCGGCACCAUGUGACCCUGAGACAGCAGAUAUCUGGACCAGAGUUGUUAGGUAGAGGUAUUUUUGCAGCUUCUGGAUCAAGAAAUCCCUCUCAGGGGACAAGUUCUUCAGACCCAGGUAGCAAUAGUGAAUCCUCAGGAUCUGGCCAAAGACCUCCAACCAUAGUUCUUGAUCUUCAAGUAAGAAGAGUUCGUCCUGGAGAAUACCGCCAGAGAGAUAGUAUAGCUAGUAGAACUCGAUCAAGAUCUCAGGCUCCUAACAACACAGUUACUUAUGAAAGUGAACGCGGAGGUUUUAGACGUACCUUUUCACGUUCUGAACGUGCAGGCGUGAGAACCUAUGUUAGUACCAUCAGGAUUCCUAUUCGUAGAAUCUUAAAUACUGGAUUAAGUGAAACUACAUCUGUUGCAAUUCAAACCAUGUUAAGGCAGAUAAUGACAGGUUUUGGUGAGCUCAGCUACUUUAUGUACAGUGAUAGUGAUUCAGAGCCUAGUGCCUCAGUCUCCAGCCGCAAUACGGAGAGAGCAGAGUCACGGAAUGGAAGAGGGAGCUCUGGUGGUGGUAACAGCUCUGGUUCCAGUUCCAGCUCAAGCCCUAGCCCCAGUUCAAGUGGUGAAAGUUCAGAAAGUAGCUCAGAGAUGUUUGAAGGCAGUAGUGAAGGAGGCACAUCUGGCCCAUCCAGGAGAGAUGGUCGACAUAGGGCUCCAGUCGCAUUUGAUGAAAGUGGCUCUUUGCCAUUCCUUAGUCUGGCUCAGUUUUUUCUUUUAAAUGAAGAUGAUGAAGACCAACCUAGAGGACUCACCAAAGAACAGAUCGAUAACUUGGCGAUGAGAAGCUUUGGUGAAAACGAUGCAUUGAAAACAUGUAGUGUUUGCAUUACCGAAUACACAGAAGGCAACAAACUUCGGAAACUACCUUGCUCCCAUGAGUACCACGUCCACUGCAUCGACCGCUGGUUGUCGGAGAAUUCUACCUGUCCCAUUUGUCGCAGAGCAGUCUUAUCUUCUGGGAACAGAGAAAGUGUUGUGUAAUGAGAACAGAACUCUGAGCUGUGUAGCUGGAAUAGUGAUGGGCAGACAAAUCACCUGCUUUAUGUCCACUUUUUUUUGAGUGGUGCUUAAAAUAUAAAGUCAUAACCUGAA